AUGGAGAUAUAUGAAUCUAGCCGCCGGCCCCAUCCCGUCUUCCUGCCCUUCAACACGAGCAGGAUAUCGAUGGCUACAUCAAGCGAUCUUUCUCGUGUCUCUACCAUGCAGGCGGAAGUCUCGGAGAAGAAAGACUACGUCGUUGGCAAAGAGGACUAUCUGGAUUCCUCCUUGCCAUCUAGGGCGCCAAGUCCCCCAUUACUCGAUGUGCCCGAUGGAGGCCUGACAGCAUGGCUCCAAGUUUCAGGCUCUUUCUUCCUGAUAUUCAACUCAUGGGGCAUCUUCAACUCUUUCGGCGCAUUUCAAGCGUUCUACCAAGAGAACAUGCUCCAGGAUACGCCAGCAUCUACUAUCAGCUGGAUCGGUAGCUUGGAAGGCGCACUGUUGCUCAUGGGCGGCAUAUUCACUGGACCGAUCUUCGAUCUGGGUUACUUUCGCACUCUUGCAACCUUCGGGUCGUUAACGAUCGUCUUUGGGAUGAUGAUGCUCAGUCUCUCCACCAGAUACUACCAAAUCAUCCUCUCGCAAGGGCUUGUCGUCGGGAUCGGCUGCGGAUGCCUUUUUGUUCCCUCGGUCGCCAUCAUCUCUACCUACUUCCACCGCAGAAGAUCACUUGCGAGCGGUAUAGCCAUGAGUGCAAGCGCUCUCGGUGGCGUCGUAUACCCAGCAGUUUUCCGCCAACUACAACCUCAGCUCGGCUUCGCUUGGGCAACGCGCAUAAUCGGCUUCAUCGCACUAGGACUCUCCCUUUUCUCACUAUCAGUCAUGAAGCAGCGACAGACCACCCGUACGAAGCGAGCUUUUCUGGAGCCGGGAGCAUUCCGAGAGACGCCCUACACCAUGUUCUGCAUCGCCAACGCCUUGACAUUCAUGGGCGCCUAUGUGCCCUUCUUCUACGGCACAGCCUUCGUCGAAGCCCAUACUGGCGCAUCAAGAUCCCUAGCCACCUACGUCGUUGCCAUCCUGAACGCCGCCAGCACCGUCGGACGUAUCGUGCCGAACUUCUUCGCCGACGUAUGUGGGCCGCUGAACGUUCUCACGCCGACGGCCUUCGCCACAGCCGUCGUCGCGUUCUGCUGGAUACCCGUCCACGAUGUUGGAGGUUUCGCUACGUUCGGCGUGCUGUACGGCCUACUCUCCGGCGCUUUGAUUGCGCUUGGUCCAGGCGCCAUCGGCAGUCUCACGGUAGACGUCGGGCGCGUCGGCACGAGGAUGGGGAUGAGCUUCGCCAUCGCCGGGUUGGGUCUACUCGUGGGGACUCCGAGCGCUGGAGCGCUGGUCGAUCUGGAGACGGGGAGCUUUGUGAAGGCGCAGAUCUUCAAUGGAGUGGUGGUGCUGACGUGUGCCUUCUUCAUGUUGGCGGCUCGGGUGUCAAAAGUGGGCUGGGACGUCGCCAAGGCAUGA